AAAGUCAUACACGAAACAACACUUAAUAGAAAUUCAUAGGUAUAUUGCUCCCAAGAAGCUAUAGAAAGAUCCAGAUAAGAAGAGAGAGAGAGAGAGAGAGAGGACAUGGCUGGUUUGCAAAGAUCUGCUGUGUCCUUCAGGAGACAGGGUUCAUCUGGGUUUGUUUGGGAGGAUAGGUUCUUAACUGAGGAAUUGAAUAAAGUUAACCACAAAGAAGAGAACCAAGAACAUCAUGAUAAGGUUGAGAUUAAAGAGCUUCAUGCUCCACCACAACAACCACCACCUCCACUUGGAUCAAUCAACACCGUCGAGAGAAGCCGCUCCAACGGUGGAGGACGUGGCUACCGUACCGGAAAAGUGUCGCCGGCGAUUGAGCCGCCCUCUCCUAGGCUUUCGGCUUGUGGGUUUUGUGGCGCUUUUGGAAAAGCAGGGGACAAGAGCCAACGGACGAAACCCGCUAAACAUCGAUCAAGGUAAACUUUUUAAGGUUGCCUGAAGCGGUAUUUUCAGGUGACGGAGACAGGAUAUUCCGGCGAACGCUGAGGGUUCUGCUCUUUUAUGUAAAUGUUUACUUUUAGGUUUGUAGGGUAUGUGGGUUGAGUUCAUAAAUUCGUAUGAAGUAAACAAUAUUGGGUUCUGUUUUUAUCUUUUUGCCUUUAAGACGUUAAUGUUUUUGUUUAAAGUUUAAAGUUUAAACUC